AUGAGUCUUCGCCCGGGGUCCAAGGCGAGCGAACGGAAGAAGGGCUUCAAGAAAGCCAUCGACGCCGAUGAGGCGCGACGGAAGCGCGAAGAUAACAUGAUUCAGAUUCGUAAGGAUAAGCGCGAGGAGGCGAUGAUGAAGAAGCGAAGCGUGGCGUCGGAUUCGACGGCGAUGACGGGUUCGCCGGGCGGGGGAUCGGUGCAGAGCAAGCUCGCGCAGUUGCCGCAAAUGCUUGAAGCGCUGAAGAACCCGGAUCCGAACGUGCAACUCGAGGCAACGAUUGCGUUUCGUAAACUUCUUUCCAUCGAGCGAUCGCCGCCGAUCGAUCAGGUGAUUGAGACCGGCGCGACGCCGUUUUUCGUCGAGUUUUUAAAGCGUACCGAUGUUCCAAAGUUGCAGUUUGAAGCCGCGUGGGCGCUGACGAACAUCGCCUCUGGUACGAGCGAGCACACGGCGAUCGUGAUCGAUCAUGGGGCUGUGCCCAUCUUUAUCGCGCUGUUGGGUUCAGACAACCCCGACGUGCGCGAGCAAGCGGUUUGGGCGCUCGGGAACAUCGCGGGCGACAGUCCGCGGUGCCGCGACUUGGUGUUGCACGCCAACGCGUUGCAUCCGCUCCUCGCGCAACUCAACGCCGAAGCGAAGAUCCAGAUGCUUCGUAACGCGACGUGGACUUUGUCGAACUUUUGCCGCGGUAAACCUCAGCCUGACUUUAGCGCGUUGCGAGCGGCGCUUCCGGCGCUCGCUCGCUUGGUGCACUCGAACGACGAGGAGGUGCUCACUGAUGCGUGCUGGGCGCUCUCGUACCUUAGCGACGGUACGAACGACAAGAUCCAGGCCGUUAUCGAGGCUGGAGUGUGCCGACGUCUCGUGGAGCUCUUGGCGAGCAACCAUCCGAGCGUGUUGAUUCCGGCGCUUCGAACGGUUGGUAACAUCGUGACCGGCGACGACUAUCAGACUCAAAUCAUCAUCAACUGCCACGCUCUGAAGGCGUUGCUCGGAUUAUUGGCGGGAGACUACAAGAAGAGCAUUAAAAAGGAAGCGUGCUGGACGAUCUCGAACAUCACCGCCGGUAACAAGGACCAAAUCCAAAGCAUCAUUGACGAGCAAAUGGUGCCGCCGUUGGUCGAGUUGCUCGCCAACGCCGAAUUCGAUAUUAAGAAGGAGGCGGCCUGGGCGAUUUCUAACGCCACGAGCGGUGGUACGCAUCAACAGAUCAAGUAUCUCGUCAGCCAAGGGUGCAUCAAGCCGCUGUGUGAUCUCAUCAACUGCAGCGACGCGCGCAUCGUCACCGUCGCGCUCGAGGGGUUGGAGAACAUUUUAAAAGUCGGCGAGGCUGAUCGCGGCGACAACAUGGAAGCCCCGAACGUUUUCGCGCAAUACAUCGACGAAGCCGAGGGGUUGGAGAAGAUCGAAUCGUUACAGAAUCACACCAACGACGACAUUUACCAAAAGGCGAUGCGUCUUUUGGAGACGUAUUUCGGUUUAGAGGACGACGACGCGCAAAACCUCAUGCCCGAGGUCCAGGGCGACCAGUUCGCCUUCGGCGCCGGCGCGCCCACGGGCGGGUUCAACUUUUAGACUUUUUUCGCGCGAUGGAUGAAACGACUUUUUUCGCGCGAUGGAUGAAACGACGACGACGACGACGACGACGACGACGACGACGAUCACUAGCUCUUGAAAUCAACGCAA